AGAUGCUUUUAUUCCUCUUUCACCUGGGGAUUAAAUUCAUCCUUCAAAACAGCUCAAAUAGUACCUCCUCUUUGAAGCUUUUUACAACUCCAGUAUGUCACAGUUGCCCUCUCUGUGCCUAUACAACUCCGUUUUAUCCAUUCAGCAAGUAUUUACUGAGCACAUAUUUGCGAGGCACAGUCCUUUGUUUAGGGAUACAGGGUUGAAAAGGGUCACAUAAUCUAGCAUUAUCACGUUGCUAUGAAAUUCAGUGGUUAUGUGUCCUUUACACCCCACCCUCUCUCUCGAUUACGUGAGUAAUUUGCCAUUUUGAAGGCAGGAAUGGAGUCGUCUUGGUAUUUGUAUACCUAGGUCCUGAACUGGAAUCUGGAUGACACGUGUUGGCCUUCUUCAUUCCUCCUCCUUAUACUGCCACCACCUCCUGAAUGUAGCAAUUGCCCUCAGACCAGAUGCUGACCUCAUAUUGCGUUUUCUGAUGUGGCAAAUGGACGUUUUCAAGUUACAGUCUCAUGGAGGUGGAAAGGCCAGUCUGCCGGCCCCCUUAACCUCAAUGAGUCAAUGUUUGCUGCAGCCAUGAGUCUAGCCACGAGUAUUUGUCUUUAACUGGUCAUUUGAGUCACAGACCAUUCUUGGCAUUCGUUUGCAUUCCGAACUAUGAUUCUGUUUCUCCCGGUGUAGUUUGGAAGCCCCAAUUUAAUAAUUUCCGACCUAAUUGCAAGGUUACAUUCCACUGUAUUCGAUUCAGGAACUCCUUCCGCCACUCUCUUCCCUUAAGCAUAUAUGCUUCCGACGCGGAGGGUACCUCACUCGCUCUACAGGUAGCAAGACCAGUCGUACAUUAGGUAUACGGAUAAAUCUUCAUCCUUUGCCUCCUGAAGGGGGAGAUGGUGAGAAUCAGUUAUCACUUUAAGAGUGUGCUAAAACAGAAGCCGCAGAGUACCGCGAGAACUGUAACAACCAGCGACAUCUCGCGAUGUUUGGACCGGCAAAGGGUGGCUAUUUUGGAGUCCACCCGCCGGCUUCUUACUCCGGCAGCGUCUGCCAACCUGCUGCCGGGACCAAAGCUGGCCCCAAGGGUGUCUGGCCUGUGGGCGGCCGGACCGACACGAUGUGGCGGCUCCGCUGCAAGGCCAAGGAUGGCACCCAUGUUUUGCAGGGGUUGUCCAGCCGGACCCGGAUGCGGGAACUCCAGGACCAAAUUGCCGCCGUCACCGGGAUCGCCCCCGGCUGUCAGCGAAUCCUCGUCGGAUACCCGCCCGAGUGCCUGGACCUCAGCAACGGGGAUACCAUUCUGGGGGAUUUGCCCAUUCAGUCAGGCCCAGCCCGGGACAUUCUUCGCUUCCCUUCGCUUCCCCUCUGAGAGCCCCUUUCACCACCCCUGCACCUUGCUUCAGGCGAUGCCCGAGAGAGAGCUCUGGCCAGCAGGGCCUGGCUUGGAACCCGUGACCCGCAUUGGCAGCUGCGACAGCAUGAUGAGCACCACCUCCACCCUCUCUGGACCUAGUGACAGCAACUACGACUUCCUGUCCGCUGAAGAGAAGGAGUGUCUGCUCUUCUUAGAAGAAACCAUUGGCUCAUUGGACACCGAGGCUGACAGUGGACUGUCCACUGACAAGUCUGGGCAAGCCACAACUCCCCGAGGUCCCCGAACACUGCCCACGACCCAGCCUGCCGCCCAGGGACAUCCGAAAGAAACUGUUCAGCAAGGAACAGAGCCAAAAAGAGUGACUCCAUUCAGCUUGUCGCAUCUGCCCGAGCCUCAAAGCCUGGGCCUCAGGUCUGGCUCCUACAGCCUCCCCAGAAAUAUCCACAUCGGCAGAGACCAGAUCCUCAGAAAAAGCACCACACAGACUAACAGCCACAUCCCAGGGGCAUCUGAGGGGCUUGUCCCGGGGCCUGAGAAAGAGCAGGUCAGCCAGAGCAGUGAGCCCCACCAGGCACCGACGGGCCCCCGGGACACGGCCCUUGAUCUGGACAGGGCCUUCAUCCCCCCACCAGAGGCCUUCCGGGACACCCAGCCAGAGCAGCGUGGGCAACACGACCUGCCCAGCCAGCCAGGGGAGCUGAGUCACGGGCCCCAGCUCCACACAUCACUCAGCCUCCAGCAAAAAAGGGAGACCACUUCGGAGGCCAUGUCCCAAAAAGCCAGUGAGGAAGGCUCGACAGGGGAACCUGGACAAGCUCGGCCUCCUCCAGCUGUGUCCUCGCAGAAUGCAAAAGCUGAAGAUGUUCCUGGCCCGUCAGGGGGGGAUCCAAAUGCCCGGCCGGCUCCCCUCACAGCCCCUAAGACACGGAAGCUGCCACCAAAUAUUGUUCUGAAGAGCAGCCGAGGUGGUUUCCACAGUGAUCCCCAGAACCGGCUGUCUUGCCACUCGGAGGCUGGGCCUGGAGACUCGGGCCCCGCCUCGUCAUCACUGCAGGAGCAGAGGAGAGCACGCAGGGAAGCGCUGGAGAAGCUGGGGCUGCCCCAGGACCAAGACGAGGCCAGCGCCCACUUAAGUAGGCCCUCCAUCAGGCUCAGGGAGACUCGCACUCAGGCCCCCUCCCCGGCUCCGGCCCCGGCCCCGGCCCCGGCUCCGGCUCAGCCUGUGGUUCCAGCUCAGUUCUCAGCAGCGACAGGAAAGGCUGCAGCACCUGCACCAAUGCGGGGACCUUCUCCAGUGCAAGCUCCGGGUCCGGCUCCAGCUCAGCCGUCUUCUCCAGGCAAGGUUUUGGUUCCCGCCCAGGAACCCACUCCAGGCAAAGUUCCAGCUGCCAAAUCCAUGCCAAUUCCUAUCCCUAAGGCCCCACAGGUAAAUAGUCUCCUGACUCAGCCCAAGCCAGACUCUGGGCUGACUUUCCAGGAGAGCAGCAUCUCUGGCCUGAGACAGAUGAACUUCAAGUCCAACACGCUGGAGCGUUCAGGCGUGGGGCUGAGCAGCUACCUCUCAGCGGAGAAAGAUCGCAGCCCCAAAACCAGCACCUCUCUGGGAAAAAGCUCCUUCUUGGACAAGAUCUCACCCAACGUCUUGCGUAACUCCCGGCCGCGCCCGGCCUCCUUGGGCACCAGGAAGGACUUCGAGGGGAUCCAGGUGGGCAAGUUGGCCGACCUGGAGCAGGAGCAGGGCUCCAAGCACCUGUCUUACCAAGGACAGAGCCGUGACAAGCUGCCUCGACCCCCCUGUGUCAGUGUCAAGAUCUCCCCAAAAGGCGUGUCUGCUGAACACAGAAGGGAGGCUCUCAAGAAGCUGGGCCUGUUGAAGAAGUAGGCGCUGGCCACCAGCACCCCCACACAACCCCUCCCGUGCCCCGUCAUUCGAGAAGAGACCCAGGGCUCCACUUAGUCUUCCCCACCUCACAAGUCAGGGGCCGGGCAGGGGUCUGCUUCUCUGCAGUGUCCUCUUCUCUCUGAGGGAGAGAUUGGAGCACACAUUUAUAUUCAGAGUGGCUGUACCAAUGAGUGUCUGCGUGAACCAUCCUGAAGAUGAUUCCCACAGGAGGGUGUGUGUGUGUGCUAUAGGCUGCGUCUAUCACUGAAGCUAUUUAUAUGACACAGAGUCAUUGCUCAGAAUUCCUCACUUGUUGGAAAUUUUCUUAUAUCAGGUAGAGUUCAGCCAAGCCAGAACUGAGUGCAGAGGGGUGGCUAAGCCUGAGGAAAAAAAGUCAAAUGGGACAAUGGAUGUACCCGUGACACUAGGCAAAUGCAGGGUCACAUGAAAUGUGGGUCUCCCAGAACCCCUGCAGCGGGUGGAGACUGGCACAGACCUUGCUGGAUUCCCCUCUCACUUCUGGCCUCCUGGAUAGGGGCCUGCGGCCAAGAGGAGUUGGUUUGUUAUCUCAUCAUCUGCUGCCUUCUCACUGUCCCUAGUCCCAAGGAUCAGACACAUCCCUGUCACUAAAAACUCUUGGUUGACUCAUACCAGGAGAGCUCUUGCUGGCCUGAGAAGUCGGGAUGAGUGCCCACACAGCACACCUGCACUGGGGAGGGCCUUGUCUGUGGGCUUGUUAAAUUCAGUAAUAAACUACGGUGGUCCCUGACUCUGAUGUGCCUCUCCUUCCUGCUCCGGAUCUCAGUCUGCACAGUGACCCCAGGGCUGGGCCAACAGUGAGAUGGGAGCACAAGCCCAGAGGCUUUGUAAAUACCAAGGGACUCUUACAGGCCUUUGUCUACACGACUGCAAGUUGUUUUUUGAUUUCCUCAAUUCCUAUGGAAAAUCAGCACAGUGCAUUCUCUGCUAAUUAUUCAUAGAAUAUCAGAGCUGGGAGGGGCCUUAGAGACACCCUAGUCCAACCCUGUUGGGGAAGGGAAGUGACUCAUCUUGGUCACUCUGCUGAGAUCAGAGCCGGAGCUCCUGAUGCCGCUCCCAUGCUGCAUGCCCCUUCCCUCCAGCAGUGCCUUUGUCCCUCCACUCAGCACCCUAAGGAGUCACCAGCAAAGGUCCAAGCUUAAAGCUCUUCAAGAUCUAAAGUGUCUCCUGAAACAUCAGAGAUUAAACGUUGUUCAGGAUCA